AUGGCACCAAGCAACCCCUCAUACCUCAUCAUCGGUGCUGGUGUCUUUGGCGUAUCAACCGCCUAUCAUCUCAUUCAAAAAUACCCUAAUGCAUCGGUAACUCUGGUUGACCGAGAUGCGUACGAUGCCGAGUCCCGUGUAGCUGCAUCAUGGGAUUGGAACAAGGUCGUUCGCGCCGACUACGACGACAAGGUCUACUGCAAAUUGGCUCUGGAAGCCCAGGAUAUCUUCCAGUCAGAUCCUCUGUGGAAACCACACUUUCAUCAAACCGGGGUCUAUUGGGCUUGCCGGAGUGAUUAUGCGCAAACUGUCAUUACUCACCACAAGGAUCUCGGCCGCAACGACGAUAUCAUUGCACUGCCUGUCGCCGAGGCCCGAAAGCUGUACGGGGGCAUUUUUGACAACGCUGACUACACAGGCGUCAAGGAGGUAUUGAUUAACAGGGCCAGUGGCUGGGCCGCUGCUGGAGAUUCUCUUCGAGCAAUUACGAAAAGAUGCCUCGAAUUGGGCGUCAAGUACGUGACCGCGGAUGUCGCUACGUUGGUGUUUGAUGGUCGUGGAUCUUGUACAGGUCUCAAGACAAAGUCAGGCGAGAUUUUGUCUGCCACGCAUGUUGUUGUUGCUGCUGGUGCCUUUACCCCAACAUUGCUCGAAUGGAGCGCCGCGACAAGUGGAAACCCUGGUCUCCGAGCCGGAGAACGAAUCUUGGCUGCCGGUAUCACUACAGGAAUGGCAAAGCUGAACGAAGAGCAGUACAAGAAGUACAAAGACAUGCCUGUUGGAUUCCAGGGAUACACACCUCAGGAGGGAAAGCCUUUUAUCGGUAGCCUUCCACCUACUAAGGAUGGAGAGCUCAAGUGGUGGGGAUCGAAGAUCUUUACAAACACAAGAGAGGUCUUACCUAGUCGGUUCCUAUCAUCUCCGCCACCGACCCACGACUAUAAUCAGUGGAAAGUACCUGGACCACUCAAACAGGACAUUGUUGAAGCUAGGAAUUUGUGGUAUGGACCAGAGAGUGCGAACUGGGACAUGACGAAACACAGAAUCUGCUGGGACGCGUUCACAACGACCUCUGACUUUAUAAUCUCCCCUCACUCUGCGUCGAAAGGGCUUUACAUCGCAACUUGCGGAUCCUUCCACGGUUAUAAAUUCUUCCCUGUGCUUGGCAAGUAUAUCACACAAAUGUUGGAGGGUGAACUAUCACCGGAAUUAGUGGAGAGAUGGGCUUGGGAUAGACAACGACCCGAUUCCUCUCAGAACGUGGAAUACCCUAACGCUGAGAUGAAGCAUCUAUUGGAGCCUGCAGCAAAGCUGUAA